AUGCUCCGUCGGUUGCACACUCGUAUCUUAGGAAUGGGUUCCGUUUGUGGCAUGCCCCCUUCGCCCAUGGCUGAGGUUUUCCUCAAGUCCCUUCCACCUCCAGCGCAAGUGGAUUUAGUCAAAUACCAUCGGUUUGAACAGGAGGAGGCGAACCGCAUGCGCGUCCCGCGAUGCACAACGUCCCCCGAGCCGUUUUAUGACAUUCAAAGCGGCGCGGCCGGGCACAAACAUGUGGUGCUCAUCACGCGUGAAGGGAACUUGAUUACGUUUGGGGAGAACAGAUACGGCCAGUCAGCUGCGCCUGGAGAAAGUGUGAGAGGCGGAGGAAGGUUAGGUGAGAACCGUCAACAACCCUUAGCGAAACAUUCUGAUCAACACGUAAGCGCAGCACCAAUGUAUGUGGAUUUGGACGGUGCCUUCGCGGGAGGGAACAAAAGUGUUGCUUGUGGAUCCAACUACACCAUUGUGUACCAACCGGGUGGCCGUCGCGCUAUUGGUUUUGGCAACAAUCACAUGGGACAGCUGGGCAUAGGACAUAAAAAACAAGUUGAUGCAUCAAGAGGCUUCGCAGAGUGGGACCCCACUGCUGCCUGGUGGGGCGGGAAUACGAACGUUAUCCGUACGAUUACAUGCGGCUUCAAUCACACGAUACUGCAACUUUCUUCGGGGGAGCUUCUUUCGUUUGGCAGCAACACGUGGGGUGAGUUGGGGAUUGGCUCCACCGUGUCCCCUAUGCAACCCACACCAAUCCGUUUCUUCGAAGAGAAGGGCAUUGUAGUGGUUAAGACCGUGGCAGGAAAUAGUUUUACACUCUUCCUUACAGCCGAUGGUCGGGUUUACGGUUGUGGAGCAACAAAUGCUGGGCAAUUGCCAGCAAACGUGUUUGAGCCGGCGCCGGUGCUUCUCACCCGCAGUUUUCAACAGGGCUGCAAAGUUGUACCCGGUAGGGUUCACGGAGGGCCCACUCAACCGAAGCUCAUACGCAUCAAGGACAUCGCUUGCGUGGGUUCCAUGGCGGUUUACGCAAGCCGUAAAAAUGAGCUGUUCGUGCAGGGAGCUCUGCCAGACUACGGGUAUCAAGUACCUUCACCACGCUUUCAACUAGUUGACCAGCAGCCGGCAAUUGAUUAUCUAACAGAAAUGAUGGAGCACAACAAAAAGAAAGGUGGAACCAGAUGGAUGGAUGACAAGGGAAGCGAGGCUCACACUGGUUUCGACAUUGUACGGCUCGUGCAAGGACCGAGCACGCUGCUGGUCAUUUAUAAAAAUGGCUGCGUUGCGGGUCUCGGUGCGAACGCGGAGGGACAGCUGCAGAACAUUCGUAGGUCCCAAAAAGGGAAGGAGGUGAACCUCGCUAAAGCAUUUACCGCCAACGGCUUGCUACCCGUCUGUUUCCCCUCAAAACCGUAUGAAGCGGGAGGAAAACAAACGGCUGCGCUGCCGUGGUUCACGUGCGGGGCAGGUUUCACACUUUUGUUUGACAACAACGAGGUUUACGAUGAUGGAGGACAGGUUAAGCCGAUAGAACUACCACCACCAGCGCCCACGUCGCGUCGUGGGGCCGCCGCUGCUCUGCGGAGCAUGCGUUAG